AUGCCUCCUCCAUCAGCUACAGGUACAGAAGCGGCAAGCUCUAGUUCCGCUGCCGGGCAAGUUAACGCGCAAGCGAUGCCCGCAUUCCCUCGACCUCCGGUUUUCAAAGACAAAUAUAAAGAACGACAGUAUCUGAAAGGGAGAUUAGCUGCUGCCUUUCGAAUCUUCGGAAAGUAUGGCUUUGACGAGGGUGUUGCCGGCCAUAUUACGCUCCGGGACCCUGUCGAUCCCACAACAUUCUGGGUGAACCCCUUUGGCGUCGCCUUCUCUCUCAUCAACGCCUCCGACCUUAUUCAGGUUGACCAUGACGGAAGGGUGAUUGACGGUGGGAAGGUCCGUCUACUGAAUACGGCAGCAUAUAUGAUCCAUGCCGCAGUGCAUGAUGCGCGGCCAGAUGUGGUUUGCGCUGCACACAGCCAUAGUAUCUAUGGACGCACUUUUUGUGCUCUUGGAAAGCCGCUGGAUAUCACGACCCAAGACUCCUGUGCCUUCUACAACGAUCUCGCUAUCUAUAAACAAUUCAAAGGCGUCGUCCUCGCUAAAGAGGAGGGGGAAAACAUCGCAAGCACGUUAGGCAACAAAAAGGCUGCCCUUCUGCAAAAUCACGGUCUUUUGACUGUGGGCAAAACGAUUGAGGAGGCAGUAUUCUGGUUCAUCUCUCUGGAGAGAUGCUGCCAAUCCCAAUUGAUGGCGGAUGCCGCAGCAGCGGGUCGCGGCAGUGUGACGGUGAAAAUCGAAGAUGAGGAUGCGCUCUUUACCUAUAAAACCAUUGGCACUCCUGGAGCAGGCUACUUUAAUGCGAAACCCCUGUUUGAUGUCAUCCAUAAAGAAACAAAUGGAGAGUAUUUGCAAUAA